ACUCCUCACCGGGUUUGACAGAGAAGCUGCAGCCUGGUCGCUUGUGGUGGAGAGUUUCCCCUGGCCAUCCACCGCUCAUUAUUCUCAUAGCUGGUUAACUGAUUUUUUUCCUCCUUCCACAUUAAAGCAAAAGACCCUGACGGAUUUUCGCCAUGGCUGCCUACAAGCUGGUUUUAAUUCGCCACGGAGAGAGCAACUGGAACCAGGAGAAUCGCUUCUGCGGCUGGUUUGAUGCUGAUUUGAGCGAAACCGGGGAGAAGGAGGCGAGGCGAGGAGGGCAGGCUCUGAAAGACGCUGGCUAUGAGUUCGACAUAUGCUACACCUCUGUGCUGAAGCGAGCCAUCCGAACCCUGUGGCUGGUGCUGGAUGGCAUCGACCAGAUGUGGGUACCAGUGCACCGGACCUGGAGGCUCAACGAGCGCCAUUACGGCGGCCUGACGGGGCUGAACAAGGCAGAGACAGCCGCCAAACACGGAGAGGCACAGGUGAAGAUCUGGAGGCGCUCGUAUGACAUCCCUCCUCCCGUCAUGGGCCCAGACCAUGACUUCUACUCCAUCAUCAGCAAGGAUCGUCGUUAUGCAGACCUGACUGAGGACCAGCUUCCCUCCUGUGAGAGUCUGAAAGACACCAUUGCACGUGCGCUGCCCUUCUGGAACGAAGAGAUCGCCCCUCAGAUCAAACAGGGAAAGAGGGUGCUCAUCGCUGCCCAUGGAAACAGUCUGAGGGGCAUCGUCAAGCACCUGGAGGGGAUGUCAGAGGAGGCCAUCAUGGAGCUGAACCUGCCCACAGGCAUCCCCAUCUUGUACGAGCUGGACAAAAACCUGAAGCCCGUGAAGCCCAUGCAGUUCCUGGGAGACGAGGAGACAGUACGCAAAGCCAUGGAGGCCGUGGCUGCCCAGGGAAAGGCUAAGAAGUAGAUCAAGGGAAAGCUCAAGCCCCACUCUGUGUAUCAUAGUGUUGGUUGUCCUGAACAACUGGUCUAGGAUUGGUGUUUUUUUUACCUAAAUCCUAAUUUAUUUUGGGCUGGUAAUAAACCGGUGCAUAACGACUGGUGUCAAAGGCAACCUCACUCUAGCAACACAGUGCAGGGACUAUAGAGAUUGAGCAGGGCCAGUAGGACUACAGCUCUCAAGAGAUUGUAAAUACCUUUUCCUAAAAUGGCCCAUUAUAAUUACAACUGUUUAGAAGGCAUCAAAGAACUAAUAAGUAUAGGCUUUGCUGAUAUCAGUUUUGCUCAUCAAACUGACUACUUGACCUCUUUGAGUACAUAGGCCUUCUACUAAUAGAUUAGUUUUAAUAAAGAAGAAAGUAUUUUUUAAUUUACUGUUAUUUGUUUAAUCAGACAACUAAUGUGAUACAAUAGUCCAUUUUAAGGAUUAAUUUAUUUAACUCACUUUGUGAUUUUUGUAUGACAAUUCGAUUUUUUUAGCAGUUUAUCAUAAAAGGGACCAAGUCAUUUUUCAUUUGACAUUCUAAGGCAUCUCAUUCAUACGUUGCUUCAAGGCAUGAAUGCAUGUUUGCAAUCUCUUGAGACCUAUAGCAAAGCAGUCCCUUUGUCUUACUUCCUCUGUCUAUGAUUGGCACUUGUACUGUGUGUCCUUAUAUGGUGUUGCCAUCUGUGGUGUGUCUUGGAAUCCAUUUGCUCAGUGUUUUAUUGAAGAAGCCUGUCUUUUUAGUGAUACCGCAUUGCUACUAGCAUGCACUGUGUAAGUGUCAGCCCCAUUAUUUUGAUAAGAAUCCAUCACUUUCACAUAACCAAAAUGAAACAUGACUUUUCAGUAUAUGUAGUUAACACUGAAUCAAUCAAGUCCACUCUGACCACACUGGCCUGACUUAAAGUUUUGGUCUUAUUGUAUUGAUGUGCCUCCAGAACCUCUUCCUACAGGAAUUCCCACAGCUGGACCCACAAUGACAUACAGUUACAUCAGUGGUCUAAGAAUGUGUGAAAGCUGGAUAUGGGACGGUAUGAUGCUGUUGCCGUAAUUUUCCAAUUGGUAUGAUGUUUAGUUAAACCCAUGUGUUGGUUAAAUGUCUGCUGAAACCUGUGAAAUAAUAAAUAUGCAAUGAUGUGCAAAUAUGA